CUUUUCAGAGAAGUCCUGGAAGAAAGGAGGCCAGUCGGUCGGUAGUUGGUCAACGUAAAACUUUGUCACGAUCUCUUUCAAAAUCACCAUGAUUUCUACAAACUUGACAAAUUUUGUGGUCCUGGUGUUGGCAGUGGCAGCAAGUACAUGCCACGCGACACAAUAUCUACCAUGCACUGAUAAAACCUUGACAGGAAUUAUCAACAAGGUCACCGUGUCAGGCUGCCCUACUCCGCCGUGCACUGUUAUAAAAGGGAACAAUGUUUCAUUUGCCAUUGACUUUACUAUGAAAAGUGAUCAAAUGGCAAAGACUGCCAACACAAGCGUUCAUGGGCUCAUCGAUGGUGUGCUCUUGCCCUAUAAGACAGCUUACACGGAUGCCUGCGAUAAAGCAAAUAUCAAAUGCCCCUUGAUGCCAUCCAGCAAAAAUCUCUACGAAGCCAAGCUCUACGUGAAGAAAGAUUAUCCCUCCCUUGAACUCUACGUGCAGUGGGAACUACUUGACCAAGACAAGAAGGACAUAUUUUGCUUUAAGCUUCCAGUCAUCAUAAAAAGUUAAAACAGUUUUCAGAGGCUUGGGUUUUGUUUGGUUUUUGUAUCUUGCUUUGUUAAAUAGUUGAUGUAUAACUAUGUGAUUUUUUCCUUUUUUUUGGUGAACAGCAAUGCACAUUUCUCUUGCUGACUGUGAGCAAGGUCUGUACAUACUCUGCUAGGAAUGAUCUUUCUUUUUGCAAUCAAAGAAACAUUUUCAGUGCAUUGUUCUCUAGAUUCAAAGCUUGAGCAAAAGAGAGUGACUUUGAACUUUGUAGAUUGUGAAAACAACUGGUGUGUUUUUCUUUCUUUUUUCCCCCCUGUGAAAACUGCGUUAAAAUGAAUUAAGAUCGGCAAUGCUACAGGUAGUUGGCAUAUUGUUGUCAAAUUCCACAGACAUAGAAAGUGACCUACAUGUAUUGAAUCUUUGUGACAGGCUAGCUGAAAUUUUAUGCACUUGUGAAAGUAAAGGGACUUCCUGAGCCUCAACUGUGGUCGUUCUGCUGGAGUGUUUUCCAAGGUUGAAGUCCUUUGUGUCACGUUUCAUUUUCACUGUUAAUUGGACUGAUGAAAGCAGAGUUUGUGACUGGACACUUUGCGAGGCGAAUGUUUCACUUCUAUGCCUUCUAGGCUUUGAUAUGACUCCAGUCUUAAAAAAAUACAGGGAAAGGCCCUGCUUGAGAAGCAUAUAUUUUAACUUGUACGUCCAGCCACUUUACCCCAUGAGGGUUAAUUUCUCAUGGAGCUGUAAGUCAAAGGACAUUACUCAACAGAUACCUAUGUUAAGCAGAUGCAUGUAUUAGCUUGCUGUGAGCGGUAUAUACAUGCAGAGCAUGAAGUGGCUUGUAACCCAUUUUUUGCUGAGUGAACUUUCCGAUGGCUCAGGAAACUUUUCUUCGCUCAUGAAAUUAGCCCCUCGGCUUAACAGUAAUUUUAGAAGUCUAUAACUGCAGUGGUAUCCAUCUUUCCGAUUGUGUUUUUUCCAUUUGUUAUUUUCAAACAUUUCUUUGAUUUUUAUGCCGUCAGUUAUUCAAGGUUUAUUCCUUUUCAACGUAGUUUUCCCAACCAACAUCUUCCUAUAUGUUUUAUCCAGUCCUUGUUCCCUUACAUGAAUUGGAUGUUUCUGUUAGUUUGCUAUUUAUUUGUUAUGAACAAAUGAAAACAGAUGUUCAUAUUUGGUUUUAGGAUACAUGUAUAUGUGUUUUCCUAUUAGUUUGCACUUGAAGAACAGGGUUGAACAUGCAGUUUUCAACUAGAUCUGUUUAAAACCCAAGUUUGCCUUCUUGUAGAUGCAUGUACUUUUCUGUUUCUUUUUUCUUUCUUUUUUAGGGCAAGUACGAAGUUGAUUUCUUGUGUAAUAACCCUUGGUGCACUACUUGUGUAACCUAUUUAGAGUAUUGCCGUUUGAACAACUAAAAAUUGGUGUGCGCUAACUGGUAACAUAAGCAAAGCCCUUUUUCCAGCCCCAUCUUGUCACCUUUUAAAAUGGAUGUUGUUCAAGGAACUGUAUCACUGUUUGUGUACAUCUGGAAGGUUUGAUGGUAUAGGCUGUGCUAGGCUCAGUGCGGUUUUUGGUUGCUUGCCUAUGAAAUGUUGAUAUUUUUACCAUCUUGAAGUAAUGCACUAUGAAGUAUGUGAUUCCAGUGUUUAAAAGUCAUACAGUUUGGUAUCCGGAAAGAGCAGGGUACUGGAAAUGGUGUAGUGUCACAUAUUGUCAUGAAAUUAUGCUGUUAAGGUGGGGAAUUUACAGUGCCUUGAUGUUGAUGGCAUUUUAGCCUGUUUUAGUCUGGUAUUGUCAACAAGAUGGUAUCAACAGUAAAGUAAGGUCCCUGAUAUAUUUCUAAAAGUAAUUUUGAAAUGACUUAGUGUGAAUUCUCGAUUCGGUGUAGAAGCAGUUAACAGAAAAGCUGACUCACUUUUCCCUUAAGCUUCCAUGUAUCUAUUGGUCUGUUUAUACACGUACAUAAUUACAUCGAUAGUUACUUCCUGCUAGAAGUUAGUGAAAGAAAGGUUAAGCUUUUUUGGGUAGCUUUCCACCGUAAAUUACAUGAUUGUUUAAUAACCAACACACGUUCAUUUUGUGCACAUACGAUGGAAGUGUUGACCAAGGCAGUGGCGUAACUAGGGGUGGAGAGGGUUGUGUCUUUCCGUGUCUCUUCCAAAGGUCUGUCUUUUGUCCCAUUCUGGAGAUUUGCGACAUAUGAGUCACCGUUGUUGAAAACAAACUAGCAGGUGUGUGUGCCAGUGCACAAGGGCCGCAAAGUCUACUGCGCACAUAGCGAUCAGCCACUUUGUUUCCAAUAUCGGAGGCUGAAGCCACUCUCUGUACACAGCUCUGUCCGAUUUCAUCCUCUAACUUCUUUUAAAAAAACAAGCAGUUUUCAGUCCCCUCCUGAGCAGGACCUGGGUCUAUGAGUUGACACUUCAGCCCUCCUCGGCCCCGCACUGCAAGGGCGUUUGACGAGAUCCUAAAUUUAGACGUAAUCUUGUAAACAUUAUACUUCAUAGAAGUAUGCAUUGUUUCCAUUACAUGUAUUUCGUGUAUUUUUUUUCACAGUGAUUUCUGUGGUCAAUGACACAAUUAAAAAUCAAACAGCAAUUUUAUAUGCAUCCUA